CAUGGCAAAAAUAUUUUUACAGCUAUGGGGUGUUUUUAUCGAGCAAAUAAUGCAAAAUCAUUAAGUGUUAUUUUUAAAACUUUUUUCUUUAUCUGUAACUAUGUUUGUGUUUACGAUGCGGCACAUUUAAGAAAUUUUGUUUACUAACAGUUUCAUGAUGUGUUAAAGUGACAGAACUGUAUGUAGAAAUUUCAUUAAUUAUGUUAAUUCAUAUGGAACUCAUUUAAUAGUUUUAAGGCUGAUUAUUUUUUUUCGUCACGAAUUUCCUAGUAAAUAAAAACGAAAGAAAGGAGUGGAUACUCUAGUAAAUGGACCAUGGAUGAUUAUUAUUACGACCCAGAAUUGGCUGGAGAGGAUCUUUAUGACGAUAUUUAUGAAGACUACAGUGAUCUGUUAUAUGAUUCAGUCGAUUACACGUUAAAGGAACUCUGGAAGGAUUGUUUACUUCCCACAUUAUACGACGGUUUCAACUCUUGUGCCAAACUACUGUUUUUCUGUUCCAUUCUAAAAUUGACUCUUUCGUUAGAUUUCCUACCUCAUCAUACAUUUCACCUGCAAUCAUCCUUUCUUGGUGUAUGUUGCCUGUAUAGUUUCUUUGGAAGAAAUUGUCUUUACAUUUUUAUAUUUGCUGCAGUAGGAUAUGUUGUAUUGCUUCUGACCCAUCGCAUUUUGAAGCAAUAUCAAGGAAUUAUCUGUGCAAUAGUUUGUUUUCUUUUCUUAGCAACAUGUGAGUUGUUUUUUGCUGAUAAGAAACUUUGGCAUCGUAUCAGGGGUUGCCAAAUGCUCUUGUCUAUGAAACUAAUUUCUCUCGCUUUUGAUACAAAUUAUAUUGAUAAAACAUUACCUCCUGUUAUCUCAUCUUGUGGCUAUUUACUACAUCCUGGAACUGUGAUAUUCGGACCUUGGAUUAGUUACUCAUCAUAUUCAAACAGUAAAAUAGACUCAAAAUUUGACUUUUUAUGGUUGUUAACAGUAUGUCGAAGUUUGCUGUUUAGUUUUGGAUUUUUAACCAUAUCCACCUGCUGGAGCUCUUGGAUUUUAUAUUCAACAAGUUUUAAGGCUUCCACUGUUGCAGCCGCUUUUAACAUUGAAGUUCCUCGUUCUUUAGUAGAGGUUGUUGUUUGGUGGAAUGUACCAAUGCAUUUUUGGCUGAAAACAUAUGUGUUUAAAACUACCAAAUCCUUGGGCAGUUUUGCUGCUGUUUUGUUUACAUAUGCUGCUAGCUCCCUACUUCAUGGUUUAAAUUUUCAGUUAGCUGCUGUUCUUCUUUCCUUGGGUUUUUACACAUACAUUGAACAUGUGCUGAGGAAAAAACUCUCAGAUAUUUUCAGUGCUUGUAUUCAAGCAAGAAAUUGUAAACCUGAUUGUGACCAUGUCUUUAAGCAGGAUCACCUGUACGUGAGAGUUACGAACGUUGCAUUCGGACUUUUAGCUGUUUUCCACCUAGCAUAUUUAGGUGUUAUGUUUGACAGCACAUCCAAUAUCCAGGAAGAGGGCUAUAACAUGGCUCACACAUUACAAAAGUGGUCUGAUUUGAACUAUGCAAGUCAUUGGGUUGCUUUUUUUACUUAUUUAUUUUAUUACCUAAUUUAAUGUAUAUUUUUGUAUGGCACAAAAUUACUUUUUGAUAAAUGUAUAUCACCUGCAUCUAAAUGUAUGUGAUUGUGUUGUUGACAGUUUUAAGCUAAGCUGUUUGUAUAUAUAGAUAUCGUUUGUAUAGGUUUGUAUUACGUUUUAUAUUUUUUCUUAUGCAUAUAUAAUUUUGUUUUGAUGCACAAACCCUGUUUUAAUUCUCACAUUGAUUCAUGUUUUUGUUAAUACUUAGUUUUUGUAACUGUAUGCAAUCAGUUAAUCUGAGCUUACACUGAAGCACCAUAAGCAAAGUUUCUAUUGAUCUGACAUGUAUAUUCUUGUCUUCCUUGCGUAGUAUGUUAUUUUUUAAGUAUUUACGUAAAAAUAUUACAUUUUCUUUAAUCUUUAAAUUUUCGCUUUGAGCUGA